AUGACUCGCUCAAAUGAACGCACAAGCGUGCUAUUUGUUUGCCUAGGAAACAUCUGCCGUUCCCCAAUGGCUGAAGGUGUAUUCCGAGACUUGGCAGCUACCCACCCCUCCAUCGGAGAGAUCGACUCUGCCGGCACAGCCGCCUACCACAGCCUCGAGCCUCCCGAUUCCCGCACCAUGUCCACUCUGCGCCGUCACGAAAUCACCGAGUACGAACAUGCCGCUCGAAAAGUGACAAGGGAGGACUUCCUCACCUUUGACUACCUUCUCGCCAUGGACAAGUCUAAUCUUCGUGAAUUGCUGGACACGCGCGAGUCGGUUAUCGCAACGCUGCAGAGGAAGACCGAUAACAAGCCCAGCUCCAAGAGCACCCGCUCCCAUGUCGAUGCGGCAAUUGGAUCUUACAGCCCCGAUACCAAGGUUGCUGACGUUCGUCUGUUUGGCGACUUCGGCAAAGGCGGGAAGCUCACAGACCGUGUCGGUGGAGGCGAGGUGGUGAAGGACCCUUACUAUGGUGGCGCGAACGGCUUCGAAGAGGUUUACCAGCAAGCGGUGAGAUUCUCUCGGAACUUCUUGGACCAUGUGGAACACAAAAGCUCGGAGUAA